AUGUCAUUAGAAGCACUGGAUUCACUUUUAGAGUGGGGCCAACAAAACCACGUCAAGAUACCCCAGAAUGUUGAGUUUGUUUACGACGAACUCAGAGGAAUUCAUUGUAAAAGCAAGGAUAUGGUAACUGAUGUACUGAAAUUUGAACUACCACAUAAUGUUAUACUCACAGGAGUAUUGGCUGAAAAAGUCUUCGGGACAAAUAAUACGACAUGGUGUAAAUUUCUUUUGGCAAAACUCAUGUUCGAUAAAGACGCUACUCUAUGUGACGGUACAGAUUUGACUGAAAAAUUCAAUCCUUAUUUGAACGCAUUACCUAAAGUCGUGAAUUCACCAUUGGUUUGGAACCCACGGGAAUUGGAACUGCUCAGGAACACCAACCUAGGGAACUCAAUAAGAGGUAAAUUGAAAAGUAUUUAUAAGGAAUGGUACGAUGUAGUCAGCAAUAUGACAAAUAAGAAAUUUUUCGAGGUGGAGACAAUUUCUCAUGACAUUUCAUGCUACGAAAAUUUCGAACAUAUCUCUUCUGAAAGGAUGUAUGAUGAUAUUCUUAGUAACACUGCUAAUAAAUCACCUGCUGUUUGGUAUUCAUUCUCUGCGUUUUUGUGGUCUCAUUUAAUUUUCACAUCAAGAGCAUUCCCUGAAUACAUUAUUAACCCAGAAUGUGACCCAUUUUCAGUAAUGUUAUUACCUAUCGUGGACUUACUGAACCAUGAUUAUCAAGCUAAGGCCGAAUGGUCGUCAAACGAGGACAGGUCAUUUUGUUACAAGAAUUUAAACGAAAAUUUGAAGGCUGGCGACGAAGUGUUGAAUAAUUAUGGUGCCAAAGGUAACGAAGAACUAUUAUCUGGAUAUGGGUUUGUCCUGGAAAACAAUAUAUGUGAUUCUUUACUACUGAAGCUCAAACUACCUGACGAUACCAUUCGUGAUAUUCUUGAUUAUGAACCUGAUAUUGAAUUAUUGACCAUUGACGACUAUACUACUUUUGCCUUCGAAACUGAAAUGGCCCAAAAGGCAAAUGCGACAAAUAAGAAGACUGUUGAAAAUUUUUCUGAUGGAAUUAUUUAUUUGAUUAACGUUCAAAAUCCAAGAGCUACCGUCUUGAAAUUAUUGAAAUUAUUUUCAUAUUUGAAAAAAUGCUCUGGAAAAGAAUCACAUAAGGAUUUGAGAGCCAGAUUUGAUGGUUUACAUACGUUAAGAGGUGCCAUAGAACAAAAUCUCUCUGCCAUGAAGAGUGAACCCGUUUUCACUGAGAAUUAUCGGGAGAAGUAUGAUCUGAAUGAAUACAGACUAUAUUGUGCCAGUGAAUAUCGUAAGGGUCAGGAACAAGUCUUGAAAAAUACAAUAUCAGAGAUUAGGGCAAUCGAGAAAGAAUGGCUAAAGGAGAACAAGCAUUCUUUACUAAGUAUCAAUAAGAUUCUUAAAAACGACACUCAAUUUGCUGAGAAUGAAUUAUCUUCAUUAUUUCAAGGCAUUGAUCAAGAAGAUGUCGCGUUCGAAAGCACGUUCGACUUGUUAAUCAUAUGGAUUGUGGCAAAAGCCAAGUAUGCGUCGUUUCCAUCCAAAUACGAAUGGGUUGGCAAGCAAUUUAACGAAUUACAUCGAGUGAUCGGGGACGCCAUUGACAUUGAUGUACAGAACGAUGCCAGUGCAUUUUAUGAAGAAUUUUUCACUAGUAAAUCCGAAGCAAUUCUUCCUCCUGUUACUCUUGAUGAAAUACAAAGGGCAUUCAUGUUUGUAAAAUAUAAUUGCUUCACGAGAGUUUCGUCAGACGAAACCAUUCUUGUGAAGAAAUAG